AUGUUCAGUCUAUUAUUGUUCAAGUUUCUGGAGCAGCAUCUGCUUGCCACUAUCGUUCUUCUCUUUCUCCCUGUCCCUCUUGGUGUACUUGAGACAUAUCUUCGAAGAUGGAGACUUGCACAAGCUCAGGGCUGUAAAGAAGCUACAAGAAAAGUGGCCGUAAAAGAUCCCAUUGUCGGUUUCGAUUUUCUCUACAAGAUCUUCUUUGAAAAGUCCCCUGAACGAUAUCUAGACAGUACAUGGCAAGCCUUCAAGGAGAUGGGUACUACCUACAUCGAGAAGAGGUGGUCUUGGCAAUGCGUCUACACUUGCGACCCUCAGAACAUCAAACAUAUCCUUGCCACUGCAUAUAAUGACUUUGAUCUUCCCGAGUUUCGAACUUCAGUCAUUGGUCAUAUCUUUGGCCAGGGCAUCUUCGUUCUAUCAGGCCAUCCUUGGAAGCAAGCCCGGGCUGUACUGAGACAAAGUUUCAGGAAAGACAAUCCCGCUCCCUUUUUAGACACUCUCGAACGAAACUUCCAAUCCUUCCUCCAGCAUGUCCCUACCGAUGGCUCAGAAGUUGAUCUCCAGCCUCUUUUCCUGGCUCUUACCAUGGAUAUCUCCACCGAAUUCCUCAUGGGACACUCAACCAAUAUGCUCAUCCAAAAUGCAGAUCACACUCGGGAACAGCAGUUUGUCGAUGAUUACAUGGUUUGCUCCGAAGAGAUCAUCCAACAAAUGCAACUUGGCCCACUCCACUCCCUCAAAUUCAACUUUGCAGCUAAGAAGGCGAGAAAGAGGGUGUACGAGUAUCUCGAGGCUUUCAUUCAAGAGUCUCUGAAUAAGUCUGAAGAUGGCUCAGGCAGCAGUUUCCUGACAGAGAUGAUGGAUGUAGCGAAUGACAGAACGGCGCUCAGUCAUCAUAUCCUACACAUCCUACUUGCAAGCAGGGACACUACAUCGGGUCUUCUCGGUAAUCUGUUCUUCUUCCUGGCCAAGAAGCCUGCGAUCUAUGCAAAGCUCCGGGGCGAGGUUCUAAAUGUUGCUGGCCAAGAGCCCCCUACUGCAACCUUGAGGCUGCAUCCUGUCAUCCCCACCAACGCCCGCGUCGCAGUGCGAGACACCACCAUCCCCCGGGGCGGCGGCAUCGACGGAGAGUCACCACUCUUCGUUCCCAAGGGAACAGCCAUGUUCUACAACGUAUACGCCAUGCAUCGUAAUGAAGAUGUUUUCGGGCCCAAGGCCGAAGAGUUCACCCCUGAGAGGUGGAAGGAUCUGAGACCUGGCUGGGGAUAUCUGCCCUUCAACGGCGGUGCUCGAGCGUGUAUUGGUCAACAGUACGCUCUUCUGGAAACGCAUUACGUUGUGGCGAGGAUGGCGCAGGCUUAUAGUGAGAUCGAGUCGAGAGAUGACGAGGAGUGGAUGGAGUUGUAUGCUUUAGCGUUGUGUUCGAAGAACGGUUGCCGAGUGGCAGCCAAGAGGUAA